AUGUCCUCAGCAAUAACAACAACAUAUCGCUCCCUCCCAAUCCUAUUAAGCUACGUCACCCUCUGUGCAACCCUCUCCCUCCACACCUGUCAAACCAUCCACGCCCGCUACAGAACACGCCAAUCCCGCAAUGACUACUCCUCCAUCACCACCAACCCGUGCCGCCACUUCUGGAUAUUCGUCUUCCUAGCAGCCCUCAGCCUCGCCGCAACAUGGAACUACAUGUUCGCGUUCUUUGCGCACUCAUAUCACGCCUGGGCGGGGAGUCAACAAUCUCAAUCUCAGCAGCUGUUGCUUGCUGCUGCCGGUGGUAGUGGUAGUGGUAUGGGUAGUGUGGGGAGUGGGGUACUGUCAACAUCAACCAUCUUCAAAUUGGAGAUGUGGUUACGGGACGCGAAACUUUUUCGCGAGGCGUGGGAGACGGUUAUCGAGUCGCCGGCACGGUUUUGGUGGAGCGGGCAGAUCUUCCUUUGGGCUACGGGCUGGAGUCUUUUCUUGGGGGUUAUGGCACGGAGAUACCGCAUUCCCAAUGUCUGGGUGUAUAUGGUCGUCGGGCAGAUCGUGGCCAUCUCUUUCGCACAGAAUUUGUUUUUUGCUACAAUUAUGGUCUCUAGGAUGAGGUCGUCUAGCCAUGACAAUGGCAAUAAACAUGGUACUGAUGACAAGUCCGACAAGGACAUGGACAAUCACCAUGCAUGCACCUGGACACCACCUCUCCUCCUGGAACUAAUCCCUAUCGCGACGUCACUGCUCAGCACCGUCCUCGUGCCAUCCACGGCACAUACCAAGCAUUUCAUGCUAAUCUUGUUAAUUCCGCACCUCCUACUUUUCGUUCCGGCCAUGCUCCGUCCCCGUAACUGUCGCUCGUCUGGGGGUUCUGAUGGUAGAACUUCCCGCAGCGACAGCAUCGAUGUCGAUGCUGCGACGAGGCGCUACGUCGUCUUUUUCCGCUGGAUCUUUGCAUCCAGUCUACUUGUGCAGGCUGUUUCUACUGUAGAGGUGGUUAGGGAUGUGGUUGGGACCGGGUCGGGAACAGGGACUGUUGAUGGUUUUGUUGCUUCGUGUGAGGCUGUUGUGCGGGCUUUGCUCCAUGCUGUAUACGAGCAUCCUGCUGUUAGUAGUGUGAGUUGGGAUGUUAUAUUCUGUACUGUUGGGGCUGGGACGUGGUGUCUUGUGCAUGGUGGAGAUCCGUACAAAAUGCUGGGUGGGAGGCCAAGUGCUAAGGAUAAGGGUGAGAAGGACGAGUGA